UCUGAACAUCCCCUUAUGCCACAACAACGUCAUGGGCCUCGGGUUAGGUUUGAACUGAGGUUCAAGAUAAGCUCGGUUGCACGCAGUGGAAACACGAACAACGUCACUAGGGACUUAUCUACUGGGAGAGCUUGUGCAGACAGCAAUAUGGCGUUUCCAUGGGUUGUGGGACUGCUGAUUGCCAUGGCAACGUCGUGUCAGUCAGCGAAACGUCCAAACAUCGUCUUCAUCGUUGCAGAUGAUCUGGGUUACAAUGAUGUCAGCUUCCAUGGGUCUAAUCAGAUCCCCACCCCUAACAUCGACAACCUCGCCUACAACGGCAUCAUCCUUAACAACUACUAUGUGUCUCCUAUAUGUACACCGACUAGAAGCGCCAUCAUGACCGGCAGACACCCCAUACACACAGGGAUGCAGCACAGUGUGAUCGCCGGCGAUGAGCCCUACGGACUUCCUUUGACGGAGACUAUCAUGCCUCAGUACUUCAAGGAGCUGGGUUACAAGAGCCACAUUGUGGGCAAGUGGCAUCUUGGAUUCUUCGCCAAAGAGUAUACGCCCACCUACCGUGGGUUCGACUCCCAUUUUGGCUACUGGCUGGGCUGCGAGGACUACUUUGAUCAUACGUCGGAGGCGUGGCUGAGUCAGUGGGGCCUGGACUUCCGGCGGAACAUGGAUCUGUUGGACAACUACACUGGCCAGUACUCCACGGAGCUAUUCACCCAGGAGGCCGUCAACAUCAUCAACACGCACAACCAGUCAGAGCCUCUCCUGCUGUACCUCCCGUACCAAGCGGUGCACAGCGGCAACCUGGACGCCUUCCCCCUACAGGCGCCGGAGAUGUACACCAAACGCUUCCCCAACAUCCAGAACAUCAACCGGAAGCUGUACGCAGGUAUGGUAUCUGCCCUGGACGACGGUGUGGGAGAAGUGGUGAAAGCACUGAACCAGUCUGGACUCAUGAACAACACCAUCAUAGCGUUCACCACUGACAACGGGGGACCCUCCAACGGCUUUGACGGCAACGCUGCCAGCAACUACCCCCUUAGAGGGGUCAAGGCCACUCUGUGGGAGGGCGGAGUUCGUGGGGUGGGGUUCGUCCACAGUCCCCUUCUCCAAAAAACCGGGUACGUAUCGCAGCAGAUGCUGCAUGUGACUGACUGGCUGCCCACGUUGUUCAGCGCGGCGGGCGGCGACCCCAAGAGGCUAAGAAAGCAGGACGGGUUCGACUCCUGGAACAUGCUGUCCACCAAUGGUGCCCCGGUCCGGACUGAGAUGCUGCACAACAUUGACCCUCUCAACAAGUUCGGCGGCCUGAGGGUCGGGGAGUACAAGCUCCUCACUGGCAACGUCGGGUAUGGCAAUAAGUGGAAUGGUUGGUACCCACCCUGGCAGCUGGAGCAGGACACAGAUCGUCUCCAUGGCAGCAAAUAUGACAAAAUGUCAGACAACGCUUGGACAAAAUAUGCAGAAUCGCGCCAGAUACCUUCCAAUGAUAUCCAUGUUAGAGCGGCGGGAAAUUAUCAGACAAGCAGACGACUUUCUGGCAGUCCCGUUCCCAUCACCUGUGGACCAAAACCGCAGAACGCCAGCACGAACUGCGAGCCGAUGAAGGCCCCUUGUCUAUACCACAUCCCUUCCGACCCCUGCGAGUACCACAACAUCGCCGACCAACACCAGGACAUUGUCAUCCAGCUCCUAACACGACUCGAACAGUACACGUACACAAUGAUUCCCCCUGGAAACAAACCGCUUGAUCCGAAUGGCAACCCUUCUCUCCAUGGCAACGCCUGGGUGCCGUGGGUGGAAUUGUAGACUGAUGGACAUUCCUGUAGAGGUGACAGUUAGAUCUCCUAAUUAUAUCCCACGUCAUGGGUAAACCAUGUACCAUCUAUACAAAUGUAGCUAUGUUGACCACUCGUUUAUACAAGCUUUAAUCUUCCCUCUGCAGUAUUACGGAGAUCACAGGCAAACUGUAGCGCAAAUAGGGU